AUGGGUCUCGCAGAGUAUAUCCUGUCACUGGUGACAGUGGCGAAUGUCGUUCUGGGUCUGAUUGCUUAUGUUGCUCUUAAGUUUGGCUAUCAGAUUAUUUACUAUCGUUUCUUCCACCAGCUCUCUAAAUUUCCUGGUCCUUUCUGGGGUUCUGUGACUCGGCUCUGGAUCGCAUGGCAUAAUCUGCAUGAAACAGAAGUACAGACUGUUUAUGAAUUGACGAAGGAACAUGGUCCUGUUGUUCGCAUUACCCCGACAUUGCUGCUGGUCAGCGAUUAUCGAAAGCUCCCGGAAGUCUACCACCGCAAUGCAGACAAGACCGGUCAUUACAUCACUGGAAGUUUUGGAGAAAAUGAAUCUCUGUUCAACAUGAGGUCUCACAGCACCCAUGCAGUGUUCAGAAAACAUGUAGCUGGACCGUACUCCUUCACCAACGUCAAGAAAAUGGAACCCUUGCUCGACAUGCGUAUUCAAGAAUGGACCAACAAACUCAGCGAAAAGUUCGUCAAAACCGGCGAAGCCUUCGACUUCUCCUGGUGGGCAGUCUACAUGGCCUACGACAUAAUCAGCGAAAUCGGCUUCGGCGAGCCCUUCGGCUUCAUAGAAAAAGGCGAAGACAUCGGCGGCCUAAUCCAAGGCUUCCACGACGGCCUCCCAGCCUUCGGUCUCCUAGCCCGUCUGCACCCCUUCACAUCAUGGAUAAAAACAACCUUCCUAAAGAAAUACCUCGUCGCCAAGCCAGAAGACAACAGCGGAAUUGGGGUCCUAAUGCGCUUCCGCGACCGCCUCAUCGACCAACGCAUCAAAGACAUCGAAAGCGGCAAGAAAAUCGACCGCACAGAUCUCCUCCAAACCUUCCUCGAAGCCGAAACGGAAGAAGGCAAACCCCUCGACCUGGAAUACAUCCGCGCAGAAGUCCUACUCGUCCUCCUCGCCGGCGCAGACACAACCGGAACAGCUUUCCAGGCAUUGAUGACGUUCCUAAUGGCGAACCCGGACGCGUACGAGCGCAUGAUGGCUGAAAUUGAUAAUGCGACAAGGAAGGGGCUGAUCUCGGACAUGCCGCAGUACAGUGAGGUUUUGGAGCAUUUACCGUUUUAUGUCGGUUGUGUUAAGGAGACUAUGCGGCUUUGUCCUUCUGCGCCGAAUAUUUUCCCGCGGUAUGUUCCUGAGCCUGGGAUUGAACUUUAUGGGCAGUUUGCGCCGGCUGGUACGGAAAUUACUUGUAAUCCUUUUCUUGUGCAGCGGGAUCCGAAGCUUUAUGGGGAUGAUGCUGAGGAGUUCCGGCCUGAGAGGUGGUUGGAUGUUGAGAAGGCGAAGUUGUUUAAUAAGUAUAACUUUGCGUUUGGGUAUGGGUCGCGGGUUUGUUUGGGGAAGGAUAUUGCUAUGAUGGAGUUGUUUAAGGGUCCCUUGCUGUUCUUUCGUCAGUAUAAGCCCGAGGCUGUGCCCGGUAAACCCGAGGCUAAGUUCAUUGUCAAGGGCGGUGUUGGGUACUGGAGGGAUGUGUGGCUCACUAUUUCGAAGAGGCCACAAGCCAAGGCCGAGUGA